UCAACAGCAUAGAACAGCUGCUUCCUCGAAAGAAUUUCCCCCAAUCGAAGGGUUGUUCAAUUUUGGCGGCGCAGUAAACAUGGCGGAAGAGUUGGAAGCUAGCUAAACAUGGUGGCUACAAUUGCAGGUUGUAGCGUAUCCUGCAAGCUGUCUUUGGACGAUCUGCAGGCUGUCUGCCGCAGGGAAAGACUUCAUUGUAAACAGCUACGGGUGAACAAGCAUAACAUCGAUGACUAUGAGGUUGAGUACCUCUGUGACUACAAGAAGUCUAAGGAGCAGGAGUCCUACCUGGUUAAAUGGAAGGGCUACCCCGAGUCGAGCAACACCUGGGAGCCCCGCAAAAACCUCAAGUGCAGGAAGCUAAUGAUGCAGUUCCACGAGGACAUGGAGCACGAGCUGAGGCAGAAGAAGAGACGCACCACCUGCCCCAAGCGGCUGGACAAGGACGUGGCCUGGACCCUGGUGCAGAAAGCCAAGCUCCGCAAGAGGCUCCAGUGCUGGGAAGCCGACCUGAACAAGACUCGUAACCACCCGGGGCGCAUCUUUGUCCUGAACGAGGUGGACCUGGACGGUCCGCCCAGGGACUUUACCUACAUCACUAACUAUAAGGUGGGCGAGGGCAUCGUGCUCAACGAGAUGGCCGUCGGCUGUGAGUGUAAGGACUGCUUUAGUGAUCCGGUCGGCGGCUGCUGCCCCGGGGCCUCCCUCCACCGCCUGGCCUACACUGACAAGGGCCAGGUGCGAGUGCGGGCUGGGGAGCCCAUCUAUGAGUGUAACGCCCGCUGUAGCUGCGGGCCUGACUGCUCCAACCGCUUGGUCCAGAAGGGCAUUCAGUUCGACCUGUGCAUCUUCAAGACUGGGAAUGGCCGAGGCUGGGGCGUGCGUGCACUACAGCACAUCAAAAAGAACACCUUUGUCAUGGAGUAUGUUGGAGAGAUCAUCACAUCGGAUGAGGCGGAGAAGAGAGGACACCUGUAUGACCGGCAAGGCGCCACCUACCUGUUUGACCUGGACUACGUGGAGGACGUUUAUACAGUGGAUGCCGCUAACCAUGGCAACAUCUCCCACUUUGUCAACCACAGUUGCAACCCCAACCUGCAAGUAUACAAUGUGUUUAUAGACAACCUGGAUGAGAGGCUCCCGAGGAUAGCGUUAUUUUCAACACGCUCCAUCAGGGCAGGAGAAGAGCUCACUUUUGACUACAAGAUGCAAAUUGAUCCAGUUGAUGCAGAGAGCACAAGGAUGGACUCAAAUUUCAGUUUAGCGGGACUCCCAAGCUCUCCCAAAAAGCGGAUUCGGGUGGAGUGCAGGUGUGGAUCUGACACAUGUCGAAAGUAUCUCUUCUGAUAUAGAUUGGAAGCGGAACGUCAAAGCUAGAACAGACACAUCAUAUAUUUUGGGGAAUUCUGAAAGUUGUACAGCGUUUACAUGACUUUAUAUUUGUCUACUUUUAUUUUACUUUCAUUAACUUUUAAGCCACAUUGGCGCAUGGGUGAUAUCAAAACUGGUAUGUUUGGAGACAUAAAAAAUAAAUCACCAUAUCUAGUAUGUUGGUAAAUGAUUUUAGUGAAACAAUGAACAAUAUGAUCUACAUUCACAAAUCUGCGUUUUUAAGAAUUUCUUCAGAGAUUAUACACUGCGUGUACAAAACAUUAACAACACCUGCUCUUUCCAUGACUGACCUGGUAAAAGCUAUGAUCCCUUAUUCGUGUCAAUUGUUAAAUCCACUACAAUCAGUGUAGAUUAAGGGGAGGAGACUGGUUAAAGAAAUACUUUUUUAAGCCUUGAAACAAUUGAGACGUGUUUGUGUGCCAUUCAGAGGAUGAAUGGGCAGGACAAAAUAUUUAAGUGCCUUUGAACGGGGUAUGGUAGUAGCUGCCAGUGUUUUAUGCGAAACAGUUUCCUCUGUAUAUCAAGAAUGGUCCACCACACAAAGGACACCCAGCAAACUUGACACAACGGUGGGAAGCAAUGGAGUCAACAUGGGCCAUCAUCCCUGUGGAACGUGUUUGACAUCUUGUAAGAGUCCCUGCCCCGACGAAUUGAGGGGUGCAACUCAAUAUUAGGAAUGUUCUUAAUGUUUUGUUCACUCAGUGUAUAUCUGUUGUCAGUUUGUCAAUUUUCUCAAUGUUUGAGAUUUCAAUAGUUUGUAGGCUGUGUGUACACUGGCAGACAAUUGGGCAAAAGAUCAGAAUUAGACUGCCUGUGUAAAAGCAGCCAUUGAGCUUCAAGCCCUGUUGGUGGAAAGUCAUGUAAUUAAGAGGUGUACUUAUACUUUUUAUACUAAUAUGCUUUCAGUUGCACUUACAAUUACCGGUAAGUGCAGUUCUUCCACACUUCUUGCAAGUAGUGCUGUAUAUUCUUGUCUUAAAAUAAGGUAUGAAUUAGUUUACCCCCCAACUGUCCCGGUGCUUGUUGGUUUUCAAUCUGCCUGCUUUUUCUUAAAUGUGAAUGAUUCCAUUCCGACGCUCCCAUUUUAUUGUCCUGCAAUUCACGGCAAGCAAGCAGUACCAUGAAUCCACUCUCCAUGCUUUUAACCUAUUUUUGUGUGAAACAGUUGGGAAAUAUCCUUUGUGUAGUUAGUCAUUUUACUUUUCAUGUAGCUCUGAUAGCCAAAGUAAACACAGUUAUGUUUUUUUCACGUAACAUUAUUACAUACAAUGUUUUUGCUGGCUGCAAACCUUCACAUUUUAAGUAAAUGUUUUAAUCAGAUGUAUUGUUCUGGAAAAUGUAAUGAAAAUUUACCUGACGCAAAAUGUAGUUGUACUAAAAUUAAUUUUAGUACAACCACGACACCACUAGAUGGUGUAACUGCAUUCCUAUGACUUCAGAUCAUCAACUGAAAAUGUACACUUUCCUUUUAUACUUGUCCUGACGUUAUGGCUGCGUUUAUAAAAUAAAGUCCAAUGCUGAUA